AUGCCACCCAAAACUGCGGACCCUGCUCGCCAGCAAACCAGAAGUCGGACAGGAUGCCAAACUUGUCGCAAGCGGAAGCUGAAGUGUGAUGAGGUGCGCCCCAUUUGCACACCGUGCACCAAGUCGAACCGUGAAUGUGUCCCAUCUGAAGGUGUCGCCUGGCGUCACCAACAGAAUGCGGGUGCCGAUGAGAGCGACCGAGUGAGCCUACCCAAAUUUUUCAAUAAGGAGAAGGAUGCUGCGAAGUUUAACCAAGAACAAAUCCGCGCAUUCUUGCCCAUUCCCGACUUGACCUGGCUACCAGUCAAUUCUGGCUUCGAAACUACAACAUCCACUCCUUCGACUCGUGAGGCCAGCCCCGUGGCAACUCAGGCCCAGCAAGUCGCAGCAGCAGCAGCGGCAGACUCGCUCGCGGUCUUGUCCACAGCCGCCGAAAUGACAUACACUCCUCAACCACCGCAGCACGCCUACUACAGUACGAACGCUCCAAGUACCGCACAUCCAGAGUACAACUUCGUCCAAGCGCCAGACAUGAGCACUGGAAUGGGCGGAGCCAAUAUGCCCUUCAUAUUGCAUCAUCCUCAGCAGCCGCAUCCCCAGGUUGCCAUGAAUCCCAUGAUCGAUCCUCAGUUGCAGGCUUCUGUUGCGCAAGUGUUAGACGACACCAGUGACGUCGGUGGUGGUGAGGAGAUAGACGUCGCAGUCCCCGAAGAUGGCGAGCACAACUUGACUGUGACAGAUGCCGAAGCAGAGAAUCACAUUGGAAUUCUGGCACUGCGCGAAUUCAACAAUGAGACUUCAGCUUAG